CCAAAAACAGAAUUUCACUCGAAAAAUAUGGUUCGAUUGCAAAAACACAGCUGCAGCAAAACGUGGGUCGAAACGGUGAUAACCUCUGAGUGUGAAAGAGCGGUACACUGGUGUUCUCUUUCCGUCGCGUGCAACGAGCGAGAUAGCACGAUGCCUCCUGUCAUAACAACGCUUAACCCAGCAGCGAAUUUUGCGCCAACAGCAUAAGCGGAAGGAAGACGGUGAAGAUCAGUAACUGCGCCAGGACAGGAUGGUGGUGUACGCACGGAAUAUCGUGGAUCAGCUGCUGCACCGUGAAAGAGGAUUUCGACGGCCGAGAUUCAGAAACUCGACGGACGCCACGACGAGCUUGGCGGAUGAAGGCCUCUUUUGCCAGGUGGCCACCGAGCUCGCCGAGUGGGUGCUGAUCAACCGGCUCAAGACGGAGGAUCUGUGCAAGCCGCUCGAUGAUCUGACCAGUGAAACGGAAUCGGUAUUCAACAUCGAACAGAGCCACGACGGCAUCUACACGGCCACAGCACAGACGAAUAAAAGUGUUAACGUGUUCCACACACCAUCGAUGCGGAGAGUCGCUAAACAUUGCAGCGGCGAACGAUCCGUCUGCACGUUGGCGUUUCAUCCGACAAAUGCUAACGUCCUCGCGUUCGGAACCCUCGGUGGCAGUGUAUCGGUUUAUGUGAACGGCAAGCUUACGACCUCGCUCGACGUGCAGCAUCCGAUCGGUUCGUUGUGCUUUCAUCCAACGCGCAACUGUCUGCUGCUGACCGGCGUUAACGAGAUAAUCUUCUGGAACUGGGACAGCGGUCGUACGUGUGCGGCCGAGAUGCAGCCCGACAGCAAGUGUCGCUUUCUCCACGUUACACGUGAUGCACGCCUUAUCACGGGCAUUUCCGGACAAAGCCUACCAGCACCACCGGCGAGCGGUGACAACAGUCUUGAAGAGCUGGAACCCGAAUCACUGGUGGAGGCCUUUCUACGACACACCAAUCGUAUGCUGGAGCGGCUAGAGAAGACACUGGACUCCUGCCUUACCAGUAGACCGAAUAGUCUGAAUCGAUUGGAGGCUGAACUGGGCGUACAGAUGGGUUUGUGGAUUGUCCUAAUGCAGACGAUCAACCGGAAGCGUGCUGAUUUGCGAUUACACCGGACACCGCAGCCGACCGACAAGUGCAUAACUUCUGAUCUCAAUCUCACGCUAGUUACGUUCAACCGACGAAUCGAUGUGCUGCGAGCGGCAAUCUUCCGGAAAAUUGGAUCUCCCGUUUUCACCAUCGAGGAUAUAGCGGUGCUGCUGGUCGAGUUUAAGUUGACUGAUUUGCGCACCGAACCGAUGUAUUUCUUCGAAAAGAUAUGCCAACAGUAUAUCUACCGAGGCACCAAUCGGUACAUCCAAUACAACUUCGAUCUCAGCCUGGUCAGCCAAAUACUACAGAAAGCCAUCAGUUUGUUCUACAGCUUUGCGCUUAUUGAUUUUACACGCGAGAUACCGUGGACUAGUAGCAGUGACUACAGUUUGCAGUAUCUCAGUCUGAUAAGUAAUUAUAAUCACGCAAUCACACAAAGCCAGCUUUGCGUGCUGCAGGUUUGGGAUCUCGACAGAAUGGACGAUGGCGACGUAGACAGCUUGCCCAAUUUCAAAGAAGACUGGAAAAAUGUGAUAACAAACGGUAUCAUCAACAUCGAUUCCAACGUGGCCAUCUCACAGUGCGAGAAGUUCAUGGCCUCGGUGAGAUUUAGAUCCGUGAAAGAGCUAGAAAUACGUAGCUUGCAGCGGUACAACUUUGGUGAGCAGGUGUUCCUGUUUAAAUUUGUGAUCAACUUUGUGUCACUCUCAUUCUCACCCUCGGGCCGAUACGUUAUCGUUGGGCUACGAUGCACUCGAAACCAAAAAUAUGCCUACAUCCUGGAUAGAGGAUCUCGAUGGCGGAUGGGAAGCCGUACCAAAGCCGGUUCAAUCUCACACGAUGACGGAGCAAGGCUUGCGUUGCGCUUACCGGCGACACCGGAUCGCUAUCGUGAGAUCAAUUGCAUCCGUUGGGCAACCCUUCCCGGUUACGGGCUACUAGUGGGAUUGAAAUCGAAGUUCAUCCAAAUCUGUCGUUAGUGUCCGCUUGAGCGCCCUUUUGAGCGUAGAUCCUAAUUGGUAACCGCAGAUCCGGUAACCGCAUAUUUAAUCGACCGAACUGAAUGGUGUCAGGUGUAAGCUGCCGUUUUGUGGUAUCUCUGUGUUAAUUUGUAGUCGUUUUAAAUAAAUACAAAUAACCUUA